UUGUUGUUGAUAUUGCAUGCAGGUAUAUCAAAAUUCUUCAUCAUUUUGGAUUGUGUGAAUCGACAAGAAACGACAUCAAAAAAAACAAUUUUGAAAAUUUCAAGCGAACAACUAUAUUGGAUCUUAAAAAAUGAAUUUUCGAGGUAUCAUAUUUUUAUUGAUAAUCGGUUCGAUAUUAAUCUCACAAAUCGAUGCACAAAGAAAAAAAGGUUCAAGAAAAGGCAAAAAAGAUCCAUGUCAUUUAAAAGAAAUUGAUGUUUGUAUUGGUAAAGUACAAGCAUUAGGUAAAAGAAAAGAACCAAGUGCAUUGAUUGCAUCCAAUGAGGGAUUGAACACUAUUUGCAAAGCCAUUAAAGAAGAUUUAACAAAAUGUGUUAAAAAUUUUAUUAAAAAAUGUGGUACACCAUUACAUAAAGAAGUAUCUGAUUUGAUUGUUGAUCAAAUUGAUAAUUCUAUAUCAAGAUUUUGUGAUCCAAAUAAUCCACAACGUCAAAAAUUCUUAAAAGAAUCACCCUGUAUACAUAAAAAAGUAUUCAACACACAGAUCUAUAAACAAACAUGUAAUAAUAAUUUUUUGGCUACUGUCGAUAAAAUUGAUGCUGAAGAACAUUUAGAAGCUGAUCGUACACAUACAACAAUUUGUUGUGGUUAUAAUAAAUGGGAUGAAUGUUCAAAAAAAUUAAUUACAAAAGAAUGUGGUAAUGAUGCUGUUGAUGUUUAUGGUGAUUUUGUUGGUGAAGCAUUCGGUACAUUAACUAAAAUGAUUUGUCCAGCAAAAUUUUUUGCAUCAAAAAAAAAUAAUUGUAAAGAUGUUCUACCAAAAGAUGAUGUUAUUGCAAAAGGAAAACUUGGUGAUAAUGCAUUAACUAAAUAUGUAGUAUCAUUGUUUUCAUUUUUAUUCAUUUUUGAUGAAUAAGGAUUUCGUUUUCGUUUUGUUUUUCUUGCUGACCUUUUUCUUUUUUUGAAUUACCUUUUUCAUUUACCUGUGCGCGCACACACACACACACAGACAGAUUUUACUUUCUUUCUUAUUUAGCUAAUAACUGAGAUAACAACAACGAUGAUGAUGUUUAGAGAAUCUUUUUUCGCUUUCUUUGAAUUUCGCUGCUGCUGCUGCUGCUAUGCUUUAAGAUCAAAUUUGUAACGUUCAUUUGUAAAUAUCAUUGAUUAAUUAAAUUUUGGCUGAUAAAAAUAAAA